GUUGUUAGGUAUGCCCUAAAAAUGACACAAGUAUUAAAUCUGUGUGGUAGGCUCACAGAUUUAUAUAGGGUCACGUUCACGGAGGCUGUCAAAAACGGUGCAAGCUUUGGCCUUUAGAUGGAUUCCAUGUGUGACCAAAUGUUUCAUUAAAUUUGACGCGUUCCUGCUUUUGCACGAAAAUGUCCUCAAACAUUUGUUGCACGUGGAAGUUUCAGCAUCCUUUCUUGUAAAAUGUAACCAUACUUUGGAACGUUUUGCUUUAGACAUCUUGACCUUUCUGCCUGCUGAGUGUGUAGGCCUACUGAAUACGGUGCCGCUGUUAACAGUGAACACCAGAGGGCGCAGCUGUGUAUUUUGUGGCACCGAAAUUCACGUUGUAUUUCGGACUGAUUACUACCGUUGAUGCUCGCCCCGUUGCCAUACCUGUACCGAGUUUCGGUACCCAACCCUAGGUGUUACAGGGCCGUUUAAAACAUUCGGAAAGCUUGCAAAAUAUAUCUUUGAUUCUUGGACACUUGAGCCCAGCUCAAUGCAAUGAACCCUGCUAUUAGAUUUCCCAAUUUUGUUUUCUGACAUACUGACACAAAUGAGCAUGCUACAGCAUGACAUGGACACUGGAAAUGCUGAGCUCGUUCUCCAGCAUUUCUAUUGUGUUUCGUUUGAAAAGAAAGAAAUUUUGGAGCAAGAGGUCCAGUAUUUCCUCACUUAGGAUCUGGCUGAGCCCUCCUUCUUGAGCUGGUCAUCGCCUUGCCUCUUGGUAAAAAAAAAUCAGGUGGUAUGUUUCACUUCUGCAUUGAUUAUAGAAAACUUAAUUCAGUAACACAGCCUGACUCCUUUCCUUGACCAAGAAUAGAGGACUCUGUUGACCAGGUAGGGGUGGCAAAAUUUGUAACGAAACUAGACUUGCUUAAAGGAUACUGGCAGGUCCCACUGAUGGUGGGGUUGCUGUUUAUCUAGAUGACGUGGUACUAGGUCAGUGAAAGUGACCUUUGUUAGUCUUUAUCUGGACUGAGGCUGGUCAAAAAGCAUUUGAGGGUGUUAAAGCCAUUUUAAUCUCUGUGCCUGUCUUGAUGGCUCCCUGACCUGGAAAAGCCAAGUAAGAUUCAGAUGGAUGCUAGCAAAGUGGGAGCAGGAGCAGUACUAUUACAAGAUGAUAUUGGCGUUGAGUGUCACUCCCAUCGCAAACCUUAACAUCCUCAACUCCGCCACCUCCAACUUUGCCUCCUGUCUCUUCGUUAAGGGUACGGUCUCCAAUCCAUACAUCACAGCUGGUCUCACUACGGUCUUAUACAUCUUACCUUUCACUUUUGCUGGGACUUUCCUAUCACAAAUGACUCCUGAAAUCCUUCUCCAACUGCUCCACCCUGCCUGCACUCUCUUUCUCACAUCACUAUCGCAGCCCCCAUUUUCCUGCACAGUUGACCCCAGGUACUUGAAUUCACCAACUUUUACAUCCACUCCUUGCAUUUUCACUACACUCUCAUCCCUGUUCUCAUUGAUGCACAUGUAUUCUGUUUUGCUACUGCUCACCUUCAUUCCUCUUCGUUCCAAUGCAUACCUCCAUCUCUCCAAACCCAACUCAACCUCCUUUCUACUUUCACCACAUAUCACAAUAUCAUCCGCAAACGUUCCAGAGUGACUUUUGCCUCACUUUGUCCGUCAAGCUAUCCAUCACGAUGGCAAACAAGAAAGGACUCAAAGCAGAUCCUUGAUGGAGUUCCACCUUCACCUUGAACCAUUCAGUUGUUCCAACUGCACACCUCACUGCUGUUUCACUGUUCUCAUACAUGUCUUGCACCACUCUAAUAUACUUCUCAUUCACUCCACACUUUCUCAUACAAUACCAUAACUCCUCUCUCAGCACUCUAUCAUGUGCCUUCUCCAGGUCUAUAAACACACAAUGUAGCUUUCUCUGGCCUUCCCUGUACUUCUCCAUUAACGUUCUUAAAGCAAAAAUUGCAUCCGACGUGCUCUUCCUUGGCAUAAACCUGUACUGCUGUUCACAGAUUGCUACUUCUCUUCUCAAUCUCUCCUCCAGGGGCGUCAGAAGCAUUUUUAAUGUGGGGGGGGACACACUGGCGGGGGGUCCUCCACCAGAAAAUUUUUAAUUAAUUAGAUGCCAUUUCCUGCAUUCUGGUGUAUUUUUAACAGGUUGUUAAACACCUAAUUUUACCUACAAAAGUCACUUAAUUCAAUGACUAUUUUAGAGACUCAACAAUAAGUCCUUAUUCAACUAGUCCAUAUAUUCAUCAGCCUGUUUUUAAACCCACCGCUACGCCUAAGAUAAUGAGAUGAAUGUGACACAAUUUAUCACCAACAAUGACUUAAUGGGUGCAUUUUACUUUUUAUUUUGUGUUUUCUAUUUAGUUUUAGAUGUAACACAACAUGCCACUGGGCCAAGCAAUAGUGACACUCAACUGUAUGUUUAAAAAUAAGAAUAUUCAUAAUUUCACACAAUGACCAGGCAUGACAUGGCACCAUGCAAACUUCAUAACACAAAAUCACACUGUGUCAAGCAACGGUGACACAAAAAAUAACUUCACACAAUGAACAGGUGCAAUUUUGUUCACCACCAACAGUGACUUUAGUGGGUGCAUUUUACUUUUUUCCGAUUUAGUGAUACUCAUAACAAAAAUGGCAUGGCAUCAUGCAGUCUUCAUAACACAAAAUUACACUGGGUCAAGCAAUGACACAUAAAGGAUAACUUCACACAAUGAACAAGUGCAGUUUUGUCAACCUACAUGCAAUGGUGGUACUACAGUAACAUUUACAGAUUAGUAUAACAAAUAGAUUUAUAGCUAUAACUCCUUCUUAUAUUGGUGCCACCACAAUUUCUACCACUUCAUAACUUUUAUCCCCCUUUCCUUCACAAUCCACCUGGAAUAACAUCCAUCUCUCUCCAUCACUUUCCUCUCUACUAUUCCUUCCCCAUACACUGAUUUCCCAUCUUACUUUCCAGAAAACUGCCAAAGACCAGACAAAACAAGGAAUCAAUAAAUAUCAUCAGAGCAGACUUGACCUCAUUCUUGGCAUUACAGUAAGGCAGGCCUACUGGGUUUGAAUUAAAUGAUAGCUAACGUUAAGCUAGCUGAUACAUCUCCUAACAUUGACUAGCCAGCUAACUGCACUAACAUUUCCAUUGGGACAAAAAAACCCUGUCCUGUGGGGAAAUUUUGACUGACUUUCCGCUUCUUUGUAAAGAAUGUCCUUAUGUCCAUUGUGUCUGGGGAAGAGCAAAUACUGCAAACAAUUCAUCAUCAACCAAGAAUACCCCAUUAGGCUAAGCUUAUUUCACUGUUUAGUUGAAUAUUAAUUUAACGUGUCCUAGGGUUAAUUUUGAGGGCAUAUAACAAAAGAAUAAGGUUUUUGCAAAAGCUAGACAUUGUGAGGUUGCAAUGGGGCUGACGUCACCUCCUCCACUUUCCAGCAGCUGCACCAACAUUUCUGUGCUCGCACUGAGAUUCACUUCACUCGCGCGCGGUGAGCUGUUGUAGGGAGCGCCCGGAAAACCUGGAGUGGAUUUUCAGUGAUAUGCAGGAGCAGGCAGUCUGAAGAAUACAUAGAUGCCAAAAAAGAAAUGUAUGCAAACUGGAUGAGGUAUGUGAAUUGUGCCCGUAAUGAUGAUGAACAGAAUCUUGUGGCAUUUCAGUUUCGAGGAGAAAUUCUGUAUCGUUGCUGUCGACCCAUUAACCCAGGACAGGAGCUCUUGGUGUGGUAUGAAGAGGAAUAUGCCAAAGAACUCAGUCCUGUGUUUGACUACCUCUGGAACAAAAAGUGCUCUACGAACGAAGUAAACAACGCUCUGCUUCAGGUCUUUUCCUGCUCCACAUGUCCUCUUUCCUAUGCGUCUAAAAUUUACCUAGACAAACACAUCCAGAGAUGCCACUAUGAAGAGUAUGUGAGAUUAUGGGAAUCAAGAGAGAUUAAAUAUGAGCUUCAGAUCCACUCCAAAGGCUCCAGUAGUCAGUCAACAUCAGCUGAUGCUCUCAAUUCUGACACUUCUCACAGUGAUGUACAGAAGGGAAUUCACCACUGCUCAGACUGUGGAAAGAGUUUUGGUCAUCAGAAUGCCUUCAAAACACACCAGUGCAGCCACACAAGAGGAAAGCCACAUUCUUGCUCACAGUGCGGAAAAAGUUUUACUCGACAGAGUGAUCUCCAACGACACCAGCGUGUUCACACAGGAGAGAAGCCGUAUCACUGCUCACAGUGUGGAAAGAGUUUUACUCAACAGAGUACUCUCCAAAUACACCAGCGUGUUCACACGGGAGAGAAGCCGUAUCACUGUUUACAGUGCAGAAAGAGAUUUACGCAUCAGAGUGCUCUCCAGCAACACCAGCGCAUUCACACAGGAGAGAAGCCGUAUCACUGCUCACAGUGUGGAAAGAGUUUUACUCAACAGAGUACUCUCCAAAUACACCAGCGAAUUCACAAAGGAGAGAAGCCAUACCACUGCACGCAGUGUGGAAAGAGUUUUACUCGACAGAGUGCUCUCCAAAAACACCAGCGCAUUCACACAGGAGAAAAGCCGUAUCACUGCUUACAGUGUGGAAAGUGUUUUACUGAUCAGAGUGCUCUCCAAGUCCACCAGCGCAUUCACACAGGACAGAAGCCACAUCACUGCUCACAGUGUGGGAAGAGUUUUACUCGUCAUAGUGAUCUCCAAGUGCACCAGCGCAUUCACACAGGAGAGAAGCCGUAUAUUUGCUCACAAUGUGGAAAGAGUUUUACUCACCGGAGUCAUCUCCAAGUCCACCAGCGCAUUCACACAGGAGAGAGGCCAUAUAUUUGCUCACAGUGUGGAAAGAGUUUUACUCACCGGAGUCAUCUCCAAGUCCACCAGCGCAUUCACACAGGAGAGAAGCCAUAUCACUGCUCAGAGUGUGGAAAGAGUUUUACUCACCAGAGUAAUCUCCAAAAACACCACCGUAUUCACACAGGUGAGAAGCCAUAUCACUGCUCACAGUGUAGAAAGAGUUUUACUCAACAGAGUGCUCUCCAACAACACCACCGCAUUCACACAGGAGAGAAGCCGUAUCACUGCUCAGAGUGUGGAAAGAGUUUUACUCGUGAGAGUGAUCUCCAGCAACACCAGCGCGUUCACACAGGAGAGAAGCCGCAUCACUGCUUGCAGUGUGGAAAGAGUUUCACUCAACAGAGUGCACUCCAAGUCCAUCAUGGCAUUCACAUGGGAGAGAAGUCGUAUCACUGCUCACACUUUGGAAAGACAUUUACUUAUUCAGCUACAUUUAAAACCCCCAAGUGUACUAACUCGGACCAUGCGUGAUUUAAAGUUGUCAAAUUAAAUGUUUAUUACUGUUUUGCUUGAAAAUAAUCUGUAUUUUUCAUUGUAUUUAUCGUGACUUUCUGUGGAAGGCAAAAUAUGUAAUGUUUAAAAUAAGCCAAUAGACCCAUUGCACAUGAUGUCACGUAUCGCAUGAUAAUUUUACAUGGGGGUCAAACGGUCACUGUCUUUCAUGUAAGCAAGGCUUAAUCUGUCUUCAGUAUGGUUCAUGUUUGUGCUGUUUUUAGUUAUUCAAAUUGUUCAAACAGAGAAAUAGAUAAAAGGUAAUGACCGUCUCCCUGCUAUCAAGAAAAAUGUUAACAAAGAGAAGCAAAUGCUUCAAGAACAACAAAGAAGUGAGUGGUUAAAGAGAAUAUGACGAGAGUAGCUAAGCCUGAAAACUUCAGAGAAAUUUACGAUUGUAUGUAAAAAAUUUUUUUUAAAUAAAUAGAAAAUCGGAAGUUAGUAUGGAAGAGUUUGCUUAAGAAUCUCGUUUUAUUUCUGCUCACAUUCGAGUUAGCUCCUUCAUGAAAGUGUUCAAACAAAAUCAAAUGAUUUUCUUACAGAUGAACCAACUUCUUUAUUCGACACGGAAAACCCAGAUUUGGCACCAAACAAUGCGGACAGAAUUCAGUAAAAAAAAUCCAACAAGGAGCGGUGUGCACGAUAUAUCCUGAAAGAGCAGAAAAGAUUAAGAGCAGAGAGCGCUGAAGCUUUGUUUCUGUCAUCAGAGGAACCCAGUCCUGUGCAAAAUAUCACCAUGGAGCUAGAGUGUAGUAAUGAACCUACAGAUUGAGGGAGUUCUACACAAACAGACUGAAUUUUACAACAUGUGUAAAUGCAUGUGAAAUGGAAAUAAAUCGACUAAGGCAGGAAAAACUAUUUUGGAUAAAAUUGUUAUUGUCCGUUACACACUUAUCAACCUGUGUGACUCGGUUGUGCCUUUUUGAAUACAGAAUAAAUGAAGAGGGAAUGGAACAUUAACCGUUUAUUGAAAUUAUUAUUACAAGGGUGAUUAUAAUUUACUAUAUGACUAUAGUUACAAUUGGAAUGUGCUGAUUCUGUUGGUAGCAUUUGUAAUUAUUGUAACAUCCACUAGUAGAUAAAAUUAAAAUAAAAUCUUGCAACAUUGAAAGUCUAGAGCAAGAUAUUUUAUUUUACAAAUAACACUUCAGAUAUUGUUUUAACAAUAAUAAGUAUCAAUGUAUAAAUGAUAGAGUGCAAAUUGCUCUGUAACUAGAUGUCCUUGGGGUUGUUGAGACAUGGAGGGCUGGGAAUACCAUCUAGCCAACAGUUCAGGCAGUAGUCUUUUGAGGGUAAAUGCUUUGGCUUUCGCAACAUUCUGUUCCGAAAAGCUGAUGUCGGGGGGAAAAAAAUUUACACAAAGGUUUUCUUGCUUUUGUAGCCUUUUUUUUUUUUGUAAACUCUUUUUCUGUGUCGGGACUCUUCAGGAAAAAGAAGGUAUAUUUCAACAUGUAGCUAACGCCUGGCCACAAAUCUGCAGUCACUGCAGUCGUUUAAAGGAAUUUUGUAUGGAUCGUAACCGCUAAUAAACUCUAUUUUCCGUGUAUAUUUAUCCUUCGCUUCUUUCUGACUAAGAUUAUCCAAGUAAUCUGGUAGUAGAGCUUUUUUAGCUGUAGUUUUCUUCAGACAACAGCAACAGACGCUGGACAUCUUCACUUGGCUUCAGUAUGUGAACAUUAUGUAAACAAAAUUCACUUGUUUCCAGGUAUAGGGUAGCGAUGGUUGCUAACGUAAAUGUGAAGUCGGUGCCAGGGGUCUAUUAAUAUUUUCUUUUGACCUUAAGCAGUCAUGACAUUUUAUCACCCCAAGUCUUUAUGCAUUAACUACAACACUAUUUUCAGUGUAGUACUGCAGUAGUAGACUAAAACAGAGCCACUAAGAUCCCAGAAAGUUUAAUGGUCAAUAAAUUCAUGUUACAUGUGAAUAAAGUGGAAACGCUAUGAACAUUUCAGUUCAUCAAAGUCUUUUUGUGCAUAGUCUAUUAUUUUCCAUUUUUCCAUGAUUUAUAUGUAAUUUAAUAAUUAAGAUCAAUUUAAUUUAGUGUGAUUUAGGUCAUGGUCUUAGUUAACUUAUAAUGCAUGUGUUAGUACUUUUCUUACUCAUAUUGUACAUUUAUCUGUUCAUUGGUCAUGAUUAUUUUUCCUUACUCAGGUUUUCCUUUACCUUAGCCUAGGGUAUUAUUUACUUUUUUUUUUCUUCCAAGAGUGUGUCUCUUGCAUGUACACAUCAACAUAACUUCACUAUAUAAGGUGGCUGUGUCCAACUGUUGUUUAGACUAAAUCUGUUGCGCAAGUUGUCUUUGUGCUCACAAUAAACCAUAGCUUUUAUUA